UUUAUAAUAUUAUUUUCCUGGUGAUUUUGGUUUAAAUAGGGAUAUUUACGUGCGACAAAGGUGUUGUAGCAUUAUUUAAAUUGGUUGUGUCUACAGCCCAUAAGUUUUUUUCAAUCCAGCAAGCCUUACUGCUUGUCAAACAUAAACAUUCUUAUUGCAGCAAUGGGCGGACAUCACGGAGAACCCUACACGGUGCCCCACGCAUCGACCUACAAGGUGGAGAAUGUGCCUCAGCUGUUGGAGGUGAAGGAGGCGCUGGCCCGGCAGGGAUUGAAGGAUCCAUGGCUGAGGAACGAGGCCUGGCGCUACGAACCCAAGGGCUUCGGCACGCACAGAUCCCGCUUGAACACCUUCCUCUUCCGCGGAUUCGGCGUGGGAUUCUGCGCCUUCCUGGCCACCGUCGCCGUGGAGUACGCUUUGGGCAUUGGCAAGGGUCAGGGUGGCCAUGGACAUGGUCACGGCCACGAGGAACACGACGAUAAAGCCGGUCACCAUUAGCUAAAUUGAAUAAACACAUUGUACUCUCGCUCCGAA